AUGGCGUCGCGGUACUUCACCCCGAGGGUGUGGACGCGCGAGUGCAACCAGCUCAUCUCCCUCGCCGGCGACGCCCUCCUCGACGCGCGCCCGAAGCAGGUGGCGCUCAGCGGACCCGCGGGCUUCCUCGGCUCGCGCGUCCUCGCCGCGCUUCUCGACGCGCAUCACCAUCGCCGCGAAAACGGCCUCGAGCCGGGCGAGGUCGUCCUCCUCUCCUCCUCCCCGGGCAACCUCAUGUCGCGCCUGAUAAACAUCCACGGAUACGAGCGCAUGAACAGCGUCCGCGCGACGCGCGUGGACUACUACUUCCAGCACGACGUGGACAGCUGGCGCGAUCAGCUCGGCAGUCUCGGCAUGGGCGGCCCCGACGCCGUCUUCGUGAACCUCGCCGCGCUCGCGGGGCCGCGGAGCGACCGCCCGGACGCGAUGAUGGCGGUGAACUACCGCGCGCCGGUCGCGGCGGCGCGCGCGUGCGAGGAGCUUAGGUUCGGGCACUGGAUUCAGUCGAGCACGCAGGCGGUGAAGGCGGAGCGCGCGGGUCAGGUGCCGUACUCGCGGUGGAAAGCCAUGGCGGAUUACUCGCUCGCGAGACUCGAGAAGCUGCCCGUGAGCGUGUUCACGCUCGGGCUGCUGUACUGCAAAGCGCAGGGCGUCGUCGGGCAGCGCGGGGACACGCUGAACAUGGUGGACCUGACGCUCCUGCCGAUCACGCCCAUCAUGGGCAACGGGCGCGCGCCGCUGCAGCCGUUGGAGGUUGGAGACGCGGCCGCUCGCGUCGCGUUUUGCGCGCUCACCGAACCCACCGAACGUCCGGUGCAACCGCACCACGAGAACCCGAACUGCGCUAACUGGUCCAGGCCGAAGAUAGACCCGGCGCGGCAGUACACGUGGCGCGCGUACGACGCGGUGGGGCCGGAGACGAUGACGAUGCUGAAGCUCAUGGAGACGUUCGCGGCGUUGAACGGUCGGAAGCUGAACCCCGUGUUCGUGGACUACCGAAACUUUGAAACCGUGCUCAACGUCGCGUCGCUCGGGAACUUGAACCGGCAGUUCGUGUCGCUGCUUCGCUCGGAGCAAGACGCGGAGCGGCCGAUCGUGGGGAACCCGGACGUGUUCGAGACGUUGAUGGGCAAAGACGCGAAACUGUUUCGAAUGGACGACGCGCUGAAGCAGACGGACGGUGACGGCAACGUCAUCGCGAUCAAGCGGCGUUCGUUUCCUUUUCUCGCGAUGACGUCGUGGACGUGGAACAACUUGGGCGUGAUCAUCCCCGGGACGAACCUCGUGCUCGAGACGAUCGGGACGUAUCUAUUCGGGAGACGGUUCGCGAUCGACGAGAGCUGGCGGUGGAUCAGGUUCGGCGCGAUGUCGACGCUGUUGGGCGGGAUAACCGCGGCGUCGAUGCACGCGGGCGCGGAGUUUUCAAAGUGGUGGGGGGAGGUCACCGGCGGCGCCGGGUGGCCGCCGUGGGGUGGGUUCUGA